ACAAAUCGAGCGGCCGUCACCCGGCUACAUUCUUGUUGCGAAAUCACCGGUACUUGGAUGAGCGACCCCAGAACUCUUUCCGUAAAUUCUCGCAGAAUCAGCGGCAUUUUUAGUUACUCGGCCGGACAAUACGAUCCUGCCGACACUAUACAUUCCCGAGAAGGUUUUAUUACGUUCCCAACAGAAACCACGGCUUUCCACGACUUCUCAUUCGGCCAGGAUCAGUCAUGUCACCGCGCAGAGAUGGACCCUACUCCGGUCUCGUCUCCCGCGAACUUCUAUGAACUGGAAUCCAGUGGCAAGCAGAAAACGGUCUUCACUUUCGAGCGCGAACAGAGUUUCCCGGACCUCAGUACACUUUGUGACGGCGAGGACUCCGUGGAUUUGAGUGUUUACAUCCAGGAAAGUGCGAAGCGCUGGCACCUGGACUCCGGCGGAGAGGACCUCCUGGCCGAGCUGGGACUCUCCAAGAGCGAUCUGGACAAAGACAAGUUCCCCAAGCCAUCAGACACCGGAGCGACCCCAACUGUAACACCUCAGGCCUUGCCCGAGCCGUUUGACACACUGGACGACAGCUACAUGCCGCAGCUCACGUCCGAGUCGACGGAAGCCCCGGCCACAAACACCCCGACCACCACCACCGCAGCCACCCCGGUCAUCGCUUCGGUGCCGGUGAAGGAAGAGCCCGUCUACCUACAGGAGGAGUACUCGGCCUCCUCUCACGGCUCGACCAGGAGUCCGAUUGGAUCGCCAUCGGAGAACAAACCAGCACCCGGAAAGGCGCAGUCAUCUCGUGGUGGACGCAGGGCCCUGCAGAAGGGGACUGAGGAGUACGUCACACGCCGCCAGCGCAACAACGUUGCGGUCAGGAAGUCGCGUGAGAAGGCCAAACAGCGUAAUCUGGAAACUCAGCAAAAGGUCCAGGAACUUCAGCAGGAGAACGAGAAGCUCCAGAAGCGGGUGGAACUUCUGACCAAGGAGCUUGACACCCUCAAGUCCCUCUUCACCAAUGUCAGUGCUGCCCGCGGGAGCAACGCAAGCCGCAACUGAAGCUUCACGCCAAACCUGCCGGCCAUGUGACAUCCUACGCAGCACAGCCUGUGGCCGCAUGCAGUCGUGUCGAUCACCAUCUUCGAAAGAACGUAUCCGAUUAAAAGUAUCAGAUCGGACUUACCUAUAUAGACUGCUAUAUAUUCCCUAUACUCAGUUUAAUGAACAAAUCACUUGUUUGACGUGUAAACGUUCUAUAAGACAAUCCAGCUUAUUCAAAGGCACUGCUUUGAAGUCUGGAGAUGCUUUUUUGUGCUGAAGUGUAAGGUGUGUUGUAGAAAGGCUAGAUAUGCCGUUAGGGCCAAAUAUCAUAACUAUAUUAUAUCGAAAGUAGUGUUUAAGUAUCUUCUUCAUUACAAAUCGUCUGAUGUGCGAUUAUGACAAAUAGUGAAUAAAGUGUGAUGUAUUUAUUGUUCUAACCAGA